AUGGUGGAAACGGAUACCAAAUCAGUCCUUCCAGUGCACCUCAUAUUGGGGGCAGCAGAGUAUUCAAAGAUCAAGACUAGUGAACCACAAAGAACCGGUGAAGUGGGGGAACAUGUGGCGGAGUUUGGCUGGGCAAUUAUGUCGCCAGGAGUUCAGCCCAAUUUAGACAAUAUGUUUCUUGCUCAAACUGCUCAAUCUGAUUAUGAGGAACUUUGUCACAUGGAUGUUCUGGGUAUUCAAGACACACCAUCUGGUGACCAGAAAGUUGUGCAUGAAGAGUUUUUGGAACAGCUUCGGCGUGAUCCUGUACAUGGGUG